AGCGCUGGCCAAUGAGAGUCUGAGUUAAAUCCCGAGCCGUGCCUCUGACGUAAACACUCCACAGACUAGCGCGCGGUGGGCGGGUCGUUACGGAUCGAGUUGUAGAUCCACGGCGCGAGACUAUUGAUGCCAAGUGGAGCUGACGCGCACCGGCUCAAAAUGUAACUUGGUGCAAACCCGAUGAUUUGACCUCCUGUGACUCCAGUCAACUCAAGAUGAGAGAGGAUACGUCAGAAAAUCAAAUGGAAAUGGCAUUUGAAUUACAUCUGGUGUGUUAUCAGAAGAGUUGCUUUUUGUAUCCCUGAGGAAUUAAGUCUGGAUAUUGUCACUGCUUACCUCAGGGGAAGCCACUUCUCCUCCAUUUUUUGGUGCUCUUCAGCGGGACUAUGGCCAAAAACUCAUUCCGUGGGUCGAAGUACAAGGCAGACGCCAAUCAUGAUGGAGAUUUUGGCUGCACACUCAAAGAACUUCGAUCACUCAUGGAACUCAGAGGGACAGAUGGAUUUCAAAGGAUUCAGGAGUGCUAUGGAGAUGUUCAGGGACUCUGUUCCAGGUUAAAAUCAUCACCAAUAGAUGGGUUAAGUGGUCAUUCUGAUGACAUUGCAAGAAGACAAGAAGAAUUUGGAAAGAAUGUUAUACCUCCUAAAAAGCCAAAAACAUUCCUUCAGCUAGUGUGGGAAGCAUUGCAGGAUGUGACUCUAAUUAUUUUGGAAGUUGCAGCCAUAAUAUCCUUAGGCCUUUCCUUCUAUAGACCUCCUGAUGCCGAGAGAGAACACUGUGGUAGGGCGGCUGGAGGAGUUGAGGACGAGGGUGAGGCAGAGGCGGGCUGGAUUGAGGGUGCUGCCAUACUCUUGUCUGUCAUCUGCGUGGUUCUUGUCACAGCCUUUAAUGACUGGAGCAAAGAAAAGCAAUUCCGUGGACUACAGAACCGCAUUGAACAAGAGCAGAAGUUCACCGUGCUCCGAGCUAGUCAAGUCAUUCAGAUUCCUGUGUCCGAGAUUGUGGUUGGAGACAUUGCACAAGUAAAAUAUGGUGACCUUCUUCCUGCUGACGGUGUACUAAUCCAAAGCAACGAUCUAAAAAUUGACGAGAGCUCCCUCACUGGAGAGUCAGACCAUGUCAAAAAAACUGUGGACAAAGACCCUCUGCUUCUUUCAGGCACACAUGUGAUGGAAGGCUCCGGAAAAAUGCUGGUCACAGCAGUGGGGGUGAACUCUCAGACGGGAAUCAUUUUCACUCUCCUCGGAGGCGGAGAUGAUGAUAAUGAUGAUGACGAUGAGGAGAAAAAAGAAGAGAGGGAGAGGAAAAAGAGGGAGAAGGAGGACAAAAAGCGGGAGAAAGAAGAGAAAAAGAAAGAAAAAGAGAGGAAGAAGAAGGAGAAAAAAGAAAAAAAGAAAAAGAAGGAUGGAGGCACAGUGGAGAUGGAGCCCCUUAACAGUGAUGAUGGAACAGAAGAAGAGCCAAAAAAAAACAAGAUUCCAAAGAAAGAGAAAUCAGUACUUCAAGGGAAGCUCACCAAACUAGCUGUACAAAUUGGAAAAGCAGGGCUCUUCAUGUCAGCCAUCACAGUUCUCAUUCUUGUAGUGCUCUUUUUGGUGGACACUUUCUGGAUCCAAGGGCUUUCCUGGGUUAAAGACUGCACUCCUAUCUACGUCCAGUUCUUUGUCAAGUUCUUCAUCAUCGGCGUCACUGUGCUGGUUGUUGCCGUGCCUGAGGGAUUACCGCUUGCUGUCACCAUCUCAUUGGCCUAUUCUGUGAAAAAAAUGAUGAAGGACAACAACCUGGUGAGACAUCUGGACGCUUGCGAGACGAUGGGAAAUGCCACUGCAAUUUGCUCUGAUAAAACAGGCACCCUAACCAUGAACAGAAUGACAGUGGUUCAGGUGUACAUUGGAGACAGACACUACAAGAAGGUUCCGGAACCUGAUCUGAUUCCUGGCAACAUCAUGAAUCUUCUCAUCACAGGCAUUAGUGUUAACAGUGCAUAUACUUCAAAAAUAAUGCCUGCUGAAAAAGAGGGCGGUCUGCCCCGUCAAGUUGGGAAUAAAACUGAAUGUGCCUUGCUAGGGUUUACCAAUGAUUUACGAAAAGAUUACCAAGCUAUUCGCAAUGAAUAUCCUGAGGAAAAACUGUACAAAGUAUACACCUUCAACUCAGUGAGGAAAUCCAUGAGCACAGUCCUUAAAAAUACAGAUGGAAGUUACCGUAUGUUCAGCAAAGGAGCGUCAGAAAUCCUCCUGAAGAAGUGCUGUAAAGUCCUGUCAGCCAAUGGUGAAGCCAUAUUCUUCAGGCCCAUUGAUCGGGAUGACAUAGUGAAUAAGGUGAUUGAGCCCAUGGCCUCUGAGGGUUUGAGGACCAUCUGCCUUGCCUACAGGGACUUCCCUGUUUCAGACGGGGAGCCUGAUUGGGAUAAUGAGGCAGAUAUAUUGACUGGACUUACCUGCAUUUGUGUGGUGGGCAUUGAGGAUCCUGUUCGGCCAGAGGUCCCCGAUGCUAUUAAGAAGUGCCAGCGAGCAGGCAUCACUGUGCGCAUGGUCACAGGGGAUAACAUUAACACCGCUCGAGCUAUUGCAACCAAGUGCGGCAUUCUCCAUAUGGGUGAUGACUUCCUGUGCCUUGAAGGCAAAGAGUUUAACAGACGGAUACGCAAUGAACUUGGAGAGAUUGAGCAAGAGCGCCUGGACAAGGUCUGGCCCAAACUGCGAGUACUUGCGAGAUCGUCUCCAACUGAUAAGCAUACGUUGGUCAAAGGUAUAAUUGAUAGCACCAUCAUAGAACAGAGACAAGUAGUUGCUGUAACUGGAGACGGAACCAAUGAUGGCCCUGCGCUAAAAAAAGCUGAUGUUGGAUUUGCAAUGGGCAUUGCUGGUACAGAUGUGGCCAAAGAGGCAUCAGACAUUAUCCUGACAGAUGAUAACUUCAGCAGCAUUGUGAAGGCAGUGAUGUGGGGGAGGAACGUCUAUGACAGUAUCUCAAAGUUCCUCCAGUUUCAGCUGACAGUCAAUGUAGUGGCUGUCAUUGUGGCGUUUACUGGAGCCUGUAUCACACAGGAUUCCCCUCUCAAAGCUGUACAGAUGCUGUGGGUGAAUUUAAUUAUGGACACAUUUGCAUCACUAGCACUGGCGACGGAGCCUCCCACUGAGGCUUUACUGUUGCGCAAACCGUACGGCCGUAACAAGCCUCUUAUUUCCCGCACCAUGAUGAAGAACAUCCUCGGACAUGCUGUUUAUCAGCUAACCAUCAUCUUCACACUGUUGUUUGCCGGUGAGCAGAUCUUUGACAUUGACAGCGGCAGGAACGCUCCUCUUCACGCCCCUCCUUCAGAGCACUACACCAUCGUCUUUAACACAUUUGUGAUGAUGCAGCUCUUUAACGAAAUUAACGCUCGAAAGAUCCACGGCGAGAGAAAUGUUUUUGAGGGCAUCUUCAAUAACAUGAUCUUCUGCUCCAUCGUAUUCGGGACCUUUGUAAUCCAGAUUGUAAUUGUGCAGUUCGGAGGGAAGCCUUUUAGCUGUGUAGGUCUCACUGUUGAGCAGUGGCUAUGGUGUGUCUUCCUUGGCUUUGGCUCUCUUCUCUGGGGGCAGUUGAUUUCCACCGUUCCCACAAGUCGACUGAAGUUCCUGAUGACAGCAGGUCAUGGCACUCAGAAGGAGGAGAUCCCUGAAGAUGAGCUGGAGGACAUGGAAGACCUGGAUGAAAUCGACCACGCUGAAAUGGAGCUGAGAAGGGGGCAAGUUCUGUGGUGCAGGGGUCUCAACAGAAUUCAGACACAGAUCCGUGUGGUUAAUGCUUUCCGGGAAUCCAUGUCUCCUUACGAAGGCCUGGAGACGCCAGAGUCUCGCAGCUCCAUUCACAAUUUCAUGAGCCACCCAGAGUUCCGUAUUGAGGAUUCAGAACCAGCCAUCCCUCUCAUCGAUGACACAGACCCUGAGGAGGACGCACCUACUAAACGAAACAAGACUCCUUCCCCACUGCCUCCAGUUUUAUCCCCUAAUCAGAACAACAAUGCAUCUGACAACAGGGGCUUCCAUCAGAACAAAGAUAUAGCCAAAACUAUCCUUUCUCCGACUCCUGGAAGCCCACUGCACAGUCUGGAAACCUCUCUACCCGGGAGCUCUAUCAAACAAACAGACUUUGGCCUCCGUUUGUUUUCCUGGCUGAAGAUGGCAUCUCUCACUCACCGUGAUUUUGUUUCACUGGCUGAGGAGAAAUUUGACUUUGACGUUUCAUUGUCACCUGCAAGCUCUAAAGGAGAUUACGAUGUUGAGGAUGAGGUUUUCGUGGGUCCGGUCAGUCAUAAAGAGAAAUGCAUUUCUCAUGGAGUGGAGAUUCAUGUGACGGACAGUAAAAGCAGCGGCCCGUCUCUGGAAGAAGAGCCCAGCUGGAGUCCGCUUACAGGAGAGAAGUUUGAUGAAAUCUGCAAAGAAGCUCAGCUACUCGCCAGCCACCUCGAGCAAACCGUCACAGAUUCUGUAGCUGAGAGCAGCAUCGUCUCCUCGAGCCAAGCCAAGGAGACGGAGACGUUUGUGGAGGACUCGACAGCCAAAUUGAACAUGUUUAGCAAGCCAGCUGAUGUUCUGAGUCCCAUCAAAAGAGAGACCUUUCUUGUGCAGGACAGCCCGCUGAAGCAGCUUCCACCUGCCAUUAAGAAGCGUAUGCUGAAGGCUAACGGGACGGCCGGGUUUGGCAAGCCACGUCUCAGUACAUCGAGUCCAGUCAGGCCCGCUGUGACACAGUCUAAGAUGGCUACUAGAGGCAGAGCCCUUGUGGCUAGUAGUUGGGUGUUACCCAGCAAACCCACAGCACAAGGGAACUCACGACUUUCCUCCAGCACAAAACUGCCACCGGCUGCUAAAACUAGGCUUCCUCCUCCCAGCAAAGGUAAUUUUGGGCUGAAGCGCAGUCCCAGCAAUAGAAACACAAGUAGAGCUGGUUCUUCUGAAGACCUUCUGUCCGAUAACACCAGUGUUGCUUCUGAUGUCAGUGAUUCUUCCUUUAACACUAGUUUAUCAGGAAGAAGCAGCAUUCCUACCCGGAGCAAGACAGAAUUGCGAGCUCCAUCUGGUCUUAAAGCUCCUUCACUUCAGAACUCAAGAGCUGUAGACAGGAGGAGAAACACUUCAUCCUCUUCCUCAUCUGUGUCCAGCAUCAACUCUAGUCUAACUGUCUCUCCAGGAAGUAAAGCUAAACUCAAUUCCUCCCUGAACUCCAGCACUAACAGCAUCGGUGCUCGUUCACACAGCAGCGUGAGCAGGUUGCCAAGUUCUAGUCGCAAAUCCUCUGUUGUUACCAGAAACCCAGAGCCCCCUGUCAGCAGACGGACCUCCGUCUCUACACAGGGGAGGAGGGCAUCUGUACUCCUUCCCAGACCUGUUAAAGCUACACCCCUUAAGAAAACAGAUCCAUUACCGCCUCCACAGCUUCAGACCCCAGCGAAAAAUACAGUUGAAAAGACCACCUCUACAUCCAGCAUCCAUGCAUCUGCUGCUAAGAUGGGAAGUGCUCUCGGAGGAAACCCCAAACUCAAGGUCCAAGUGGUGCCAACACCCACAAACUCCCUUAAGAAAGUUCACAAAUCAGAGGUUUCCUCCUCGCCUGAUGUCCCUCAUAUCAUGAAGCCAAAGAGAUUAUUGACUGCAUGCAGUGUGGAGAGUAUUCCUGAUCAUCUAGUCGGUCCUCCAUUGGGCCUCCUGACGCCCUCAGCUAUGGGCAGAAAACUGCGGAGACCAUCAGCUCUUCCCACCCCAGUCAACCGCCGUAUCUCUGGCAUCCCUGCACUCACACCCAAGAGUGUGUCACGUCUGAGUAAACCUUCUCAGGUCACAGAGUGCUCCUUGAGCUCCAGCCAAGCGGCCACUCUUUCAAGCCCUGAAAACAUGAAGGAAAGUGAGAGUCAGGAAGAAAAGCAAACUUCAGUGUCCAAUGAGGAGACCUGCCCUCCAGCUGACCUCCAGCCCUGCUCCCUGGUCUUUAAUACGGAGGAUGAGCCUGAGGAACCAGUUGUGGAGAAUCCCUCUGAGCCGCCUUCAUGUGAUCCAGAGCCUCCUCAAGUCGACAUCAAACCCCCAGCACUUCCAAGCUCAGUGGACACCCAAAAACACCUGCAGAACUUAGAGAAAAAGGAAGUUAAAGAGGUUUUGCUUGUGGACGCACCUGCACCAACACCAGCACUUCAGCCAUCAGAAAAGCUGCUAAUUGAUCUCUCCAACACCCCAGACCUGAUCAAGACUUCCUCUGGAAAGCCUUGGGGAGGACAGUUAAUUGAUCUGAGCUCACCUCUUAUAAAGUGGAGUCCAGAGGACAAGAAAGAAAAUGCUGAGAAUGCGGCUCCACUGAUCGACUUGUCUUUUUAGAGGACCUGCAAAAUUUACUGUGAACUGUGCCAAGAAAAAAACAAUAACUGGAGCAUUUCAUAUUGUUUAUUACUGUUGAAAUGAAUUUAAGAGGGAGCAUGGAUGCUGCUGUGCUUUAAUAGCCUUUGUGUUUUUAUUUGUGUUGUCUGUCUUACGUGAUUGUAUGUAAUAAUGGUGAUCUGCAGUAUUUUAGAAGUCAAAGCUGUUGUAUUUUCCCCAAAAGGUACAAAUAAAUGUUAAAUUCACAA